CACAACAUGACAAGCCAGUUGACUUGACCUCUGGUAGCACAAACAUCUUCAAUUAAUUGAUCUUUUAAAAACGAGAUGCAAGUAGUAGUGAACGACAAGAAGAAACGAUCUUCUGGGUUUCUUGGUCAGGGCAAGCCAUCAAUCCUUACGCUGGUUUGGGGAGCUUCUAGCUUGGUGCUGUUGAUUCAGUUGUACUUUUGGAACUUGUUCAAGACGGAACGAUCUUUGCAAGUACAGCUUGGACCGUAUGAUCCUGUCAAGUGCAGUGAGGUCCUCUACAAACAGCUGCACAAUCUGACGUUUGAUCCCAAUGGCGGAAAACUGCAUGCUACCCAAGUGAUUCAUACCAGAGGCCAACUAGUCAAUCCCCACAAGUUCUGGAUUUCCCUUCACAACAAGAAAUUCGAUGUUUCCAGAUGGGUCAUUAUGGAUAAGGAUGAUUACUAUGAGCUCAGUCUCACCGAUGCCUUUAUUGAAAUAUUAUUGGCUCAAGAUGACAAUGACAAACAACAGCCACUGAGAAUGCUAGAUGUGGGAGCCAAUAUUGGUUUCUUUACCCUCCUAGCAGCUUCCAUUCAACCUCCCAUCAUUGUGGAUUCCUUUGAACCCAAUCCCAAAAAUCAAUUGAGAUUCUGUGAAUCACUCCGACUCAAUGAAUGGUAUUCAGAAUUUGACACCACUGCUAUUAAUAUGCAUACAACCAUUUCAACAACAACGACUACUGGUAAGAUGAGCUCAUCACAAGUCAACUUGUAUCCCUACGGAGUGGGCAAACAAGAAGCCAUGCUGGAAUUUGAGGAACAUAAAACCAAUCCCGGACAAGGACACUUUAUCGAAAAACGUGACAAACGACGCAAAGAUCGAGAAACCGACAUGCAAGUGAUCACACUCGAUAACUUUUGCAAAUCUCGACAGUGGCUAACACCAGAUGGCAGUGCUGCUACUACCGCUCCAAAAAUUGUCAUUCUCAAGGUGGACGUGGAAGGAUUGGAUUCCAGUGUCAUGUUGGGAGCCCAGCAGUUGUUGCAUGCCCAUAUUGUGCAAAAUGUAUUCCUCGAAGUAUCCGCUCGCAAGCAUCUUGCCGUACCCAACCGAAAAGCACUGCGACUCUUGUGUGAUGCGGGAUACAAGUUGAAGAGUUAUGGGGGAUGGAUUGGACCCAAUCUUGACUUUGAAUGGAAGGAAAAAGAUGAUGCCACCGUUGUCAUUCACAAGAUUAUGGAAUUGACCGAAAAGAAUCAUGAACAGCAACUCAAUCUGUGGUGGACUCUUUGAUGAGUCGUGUACUGUACGGGACUAUAUAUAGCUAGUACAUGUGUACAGGCAGGGCUGAUUGCAUUGCAUUGCAUUGCAUUG